GAGUUCUUGCGUCAUUUCUUCGGUGGUUCUUGCGUUGUUUCUUCGGUGGUUCUUGCAUCAUUUCUUUGGUGGUUCUUGCGUCGUUUCUUUGGUGGUUCUUGCGUUGUUUUUUCAGUAGUUCUUGCAUCAUUUCUUUGGUGGUUCUUUGUCAUUUUUUCGGUGGUUUUUGCAUCAUUUCUUUGGUGGUUCUUAUGCU